AUGAUCAUGGACCAAGGUUUAAGCGUUGAUGAUCUUUUCGGGGAGUCGAGUUCGCUCGGACUCGGUUUGCCCACCACACUACGCCCAACGAAGGGAUUAGCGCAAUCGCUUGAUGAGAUGCGCCUGUCAGGUUGCUGCCAGAAAAUUGCCUGGUCCCGCCUGGGGUGCAUCGCCUACAUCUCGCCCGAUGGGCUGCGUGUCAGUGUACGCCAUCUCCGGAGCAAUGCAUCGGAUGGAAAGUGGGAGCUGAGUGAAGAAACUCCCCUACCAAUCGUUUCAGAAACCCACCUCGGUAAUCAGCUUGUUCAUUUGUCAUGGAAUGAAGUCGGCUCCGAGGUUGCCAUUGUUGAUUGUAUGGGACGGCUUUCAAUUUUUUCCAUCUCCAUCGCUUUAAACAGCAUUACUGGUACUCGUACCGCUUCAGUUGAUGCUGGAGAUGAUAGUAACCAAAUAGUGGGCUUGAUGUGGCUGAGCACCCAGCGCAUGGUCCAUGCUUUCCAUCAAGCAGCCAAAGCCCUUUUCACCCAGCCAACAAGAAUGCCCUGGUUACUGUGUCUUCGGGCAGGCCAAAUCCGGCUCAUAUACCAAAAUCCAGACAACAAAUGGGCCGAGCUACCUGCAGAGCUUAAAAACACAGGAUACUCAGACAGAUUGCUCACCCAUGCGUCUAUGGUGCCGACUUCAGCUGGAAUUCUUCUUGCUACGUACUCCGUGUGCCAGAAAAUGUGCCUCUAUCGAGUAUCAAUUAGCUGGAACCCACAACAAUGGGAUGCGGCGGCUGCAAAGAAGGGAGCCUCUUUUCCAAUACCCUCUUUCCAUUUCAGGCAUUGCAAUAUCGACAUUCCUGCCACCAUCUCAACCACCCCACGGGGUAUGGAGGAACAUUCAGACCAGCAGUUGCCAUUCCAAAACUUAGCGUAUUCUUUAUCGCGACUCGAAGUUAUGCCCGGUCAAAUUGACAGCCCCACUGGUUCAACAUCCAGCCCUUGGGUCCUCGCAGUCUUCUCAAAGCCUCUUCAUGCAACCCCCGAAUAUCCCGAUCAGCAGGGUCCAUCGAGUGUCAUUGUGCGGUGGCAGUUAGAGACUUCACCCCAAGCCCUCCACCCCAAAUUCGAUGAGUUAUCGUCAAAGAAAAGCAAUGCUCAGCCCAAAUCAAAAAUAGGCCUCCGGCGACUGGAUGAUAUCUAUUGCGAUAAGUAUAUCAUUUCCGUGGACGCAGUGGAACAUGGGAAUGCUUUGGCUAUUACAUUUGAGGACAGUUCGAUCACGUUCUACGAUAUUCGGACAAUGGCCAUCUUCAAUGGAUUAGAUGAUCCCAGUACAGUGACCUGUCUGGCACAGGCCGGGUUUCAUUAUCCCAUGGAUAGUCCUGGUCUUUCCAUUACCUUUUCCCCCAAUGCAUGCGCUUCGGUCUUCCUGGACUCAGAGGGCCAGCCACGUCUGAGAUUGAUGGAGCACACCUUUGGGUCAACUGGAGAAGUCUUUGACGAAUCCAAAUUCUCCGCGGCCAUCGCAGCACUUACACUCACUUUCAGUCGUGCCUGUGGAGCUGAUGUCAAUACUGAUGACAUUUUGACAGUUGCUCUAAGGCAACUUACACCUGAGGCUGCUUCAACCUUCGUUGGUGAGGUGUAUCGCGCGUUGCCCGUCAACUGUAACUUCACAGUAGAACAAGAAAAGUUGAUGAGCCAUCCUUACAUUCCUCGCUGUCUAAGCUUGCAAGCGGCCCUGGGCUUUCAGGGACGUGUCAAGCCUCGCACCUUGUCAUCUGCUGUGACAUGGGCAACCAUUCAGCUCCGCCAUGCGGCGGUGUUGAUUGCGUUCUUCUUUCAGCAUGGAAAGGCAGGACAAGGCGAGGCACUCGAUCCUGAAAUUCUACGAGUGAUACUUGGAAACACUAAAUGGGCCCUGUCAUUCGCCAGCUACCUCUUAAGCGAGGUGUUUGAUCUAGCUGAUGAAUUCGACGGUCUGUUCACCGACCAGGAAGCUUUCACACAAAAGCUGAAAACCACCAACUCUCUCCCUCUGAUCAUCCUCCUCUCAAGCAUGUCUCGAGCCUUCAUCCGUUUCACCUGCCGUGGUCUCCGUGGCGUCCAGGCAGGCUUCUCCAAUAUCAACCCAGCGUCGCUUCCCAAUGAAGCACGUAUAUAUUACACCGAGAUUUGCCAAGUUCUCGCAUCUUCCCCCGUCCGAGUAGACAUCUACGAGAAAUUCAUCGCCGGCGUAGACUCCGCUGUGAAACACGCCUACCAAGGCUCCGGUUUCGGUGACAACGAACGCCCAGCUCCAGAAAAGGAACUCCUUGUCAAUGCGCGCAUCCCGCCUGUCCUCGUCACAGCCGUCGCAACCCUGCUGAAGUCGACCGUGCCCUCGAUAAAGGCCGAGAUCAAUCGCAAAGAAAUCGUUCUCGGCGACUACAGCUGGCUGGGUUUCGGCAGUGACGUUCGCACUCUUACCUUCCGCCGCACUCGAGACGUCGAUAUGCUCAAGAAGGCCGUGCUCAGGCCACGUGCAUCGGUUUCUGGAAACAAUGCCGCUGUGCAGCCGCAGAAAAGGCGCCGGUGUGUACGCUGCUGUGAAGUUUCGGGAGAUACUACGUUGCCGCGCUCUUUGCCGUACUUCAGAAUGGCCGCGAAGCUCAAUCUUCUGCGCUCUUGCCCUUGUGGAGGGAUGUGGAUGAUUGAGCCGGAGGAUGCCACUGCGCAGAGUGCUGGACAUGGCUCGCAUCAGCAUCAACAGCGCCAGCGGCAGUCUUCGGCUGUUAGGACACCGGCGCCUGUAGCUGUUGCAUAG